GCCGCCGCCGCCGCCGGGAGGCGUUCGGGAGCGCGCUUCGGGGUGCCGGGGAGUCGGGAGUCGGCCUGCCGAGCGCGGUCCCCACCGCCCCUCCGCGCGGAGAUGAAGUACAUCGUGGGCAUCGGAGGCGUGACCAACGGCGGCAAGACCACACUGACCAACAGCCUCCUUAAGUCACUGCCCAACUGCUGCGUGAUCCACCAGGAUGACUUCUUCAAGCCCCAAGACCAAAUAGCAGUUGGGGAGGACGGCUUCAAACAGUGGGACGUGCUGGAGUCCCUGGACAUGGAGGCCAUGCUGAGCACCGUGCAGGCCUGGGUGAGCAGUCCCCGGAAGUUUGCCCGCGCCCACGGGGUCAGUGUCCAGCUGGACGCCUCGGACACACACAUCCUCAUUCUGGAAGGCUUCCUGCUCUACAGCUACAAGCCCCUGGUGGACUUGUAUAGCCGACGGUACUUCCUGACUGUCCCGUAUGAAGAAUGCAAGUGGAGGAGAAGUAUUCGAAGCUACCCAGUCCCCGACCCCCCUGGCCUCUUCGAUGGCCAUGUGUGGCCUAUGUACCAGAAGUAUAAGCAGGAGAUGGAAGCCAGUGGCGUGGAAGUAGUGUACCUGGACGGCAUGAAGUCCCGCGAGGAGCUCUUCCACCAAGUCCUGGAAGACAUUCAGAACUGGCUCCUGAACCGCUCCUAGGCGUGACCAGAGAAGAGGGGCCUUGCCCCCGACUGCAGGGACCCACACACUAUUCCAGCCACAGCACGGCCAGGCUGGUCUCAUCCCAGCCAGACACUGCAUGACCAUUGCCCUUUGGGGAAGUCUGUAUAUAUGAGAGUGGAAGCCCCGCUCGCAGCCCAGUGUCCUGCCCUGAGACGCCUCUGUAACCUCGACGGCGGCUUGUGUAUUAAACCUCACCCUGUUUUUCAA